AUGAAUAUUGUUAUUGCCAGCCCGCCCCCAUUCUAUAGUCCACAGAAAAAACUAAACAAGAUGAACGCUGCUUUGCGCUUUCUUGUUGCUGUAUUCUUGCUCUAUUCUGCAGAUGCUCAAAAUUGUAGCUCUACUGGUGCAGUUCGUCUAGUUUGGGGUGCUGGUUCCUGGGAAGGAAACUUGCAAAUAUGCCUGAACGAUAUAUGGGGCUGGGUCUGCCACAACUCUUUCAGUAGUGCUGAUGCAAUGGUUGCCUGCAGGCAACUGGGGUACUCAACUGGAGGAGCUGUUGCACGAAGUAGUUCAUACUAUGGUUGGGGUAAUGGUACUGUGUGGAUUGAUUAUGUUGGUUGCACUGGCUCAGAGACCACUAUUAACAACUGCCCCUAUUCAACUUCCCUGACUAGCUCUUGCACAGGCACUACUAUUGCCGGAGUGGUUUGCCAGAGUGGUGGAGCUUGUAACAAUCAUGAUGUUCGUUUGAUAUCAGUCUCAGCAUCUUAUAGGUCAUAUGGGCGUGUUGAAUUUUGCUAUAACAACCAAUGGGGUACUGUUUGCGAUGAUGGAUGGGAUACUACUGAUGCAAGAACUGUUUGCAGGGAACUUGGUUUCGAUGGUACCACUGGAGGCUAUUCUUGUUGUGCUAACUAUGGUCAAGGUUAUGUGCCGAUUGCUAUUAGAAACGUUGGCUGCACAUCUUCAAGCUCUAGUCUUUCUUCCUGUACUUUCACUCCUGGUUCUUCUGGUUGUUCUCACAGUGAAGAUGCUGGUGCAUACUGCUAUGGUAGAGUAACUGGGACGUGUACCAACGGACAAAUUAAACUUUGGAGACCAUAUAAUAAUACCGGCCCAACUAAUGAAGGGAUCACACUUGUUUGUCGUAGUGGGGAACAAGGAGCAGUACUUACUACUAUGGAUCAUACCAUGAUAGUUAUUAUGAUACAGGCAGCUAUUACUGCUCUUCAUAUCACACGUCACUUUCUCAGUGUUCGUAUUCUGCGUCAACUUAUUGCUGUUCAUAUUCAUGCUAAUAAUUGCAUUGAUGGAGCAGUGAGACUAGUCAAUGGUACUACUAGUAAUGAAGGUAGAGCAGAGUAUUGUUAUGAAGGAGACUGGGUGCCAUUCUGUGGUAUGUCAUCAGCAACUGCUUCACUUAUAUGCAACCAACUGGGAUACAACUACACUUAUGGUAGUGUUUUUGAUGACGAGAGGUUUGGACGAAGCAACAAGCUGAGCAGUUUCAAUCACAAACACUGUGGCACUGGGCACCUUGCUUUGUCUCAGUGCAUUGAAGCAAGGAAAGAAAGUUCAUGCUACAUAUUAAAUUCAAGAUGCACGACAGAGUAUAGUGUACGCUGUUACAAUCCUGGUUUAUGUACCACUGAUGGACAACUUCGACUGGCUAAUGGUACAAUUCAACAAGAGGGCAGAGUUGAAAUAUGCCUGAAUGGAGUUUGGGGAGGCAUCUGUGAAACUGGUUGGAGCUCACCUGAUGCUACUGUAUUCUGCAAAGGGCUAGGAUACAAUGGACCUGGUCCUAGUGUGUACUAUGAUUCUUAUUUUGGUGAGACUUAUGGUCCAAUUAUAUGGAGUUAUGUUGGUUGCUCUGGGUUUGAGACUAGUAUUCAGAGCUGUAACAAAAAUGUUCAACCAAAUUUUAACUGCACUCAGCAAAACGGGGCAGGAGUUUUAUGCAAAGACCAGUGUCAGAAUGGGGACAUACAAUUAAUUGGUGGCAAGUAUUCCAAUGAAGGGACUGUUCUUGUAUGCUACAAUAACUUGUGGGGUCUAAUAUCAGACACAGCAUGGAGUAUGGGAGAUGCUAGAGUUGUUUGUAACUCACUAGGACACAGUGAUGGAAUUGCUACACCUAUUACUGGGUCAUAUUUUGGAAAGCCAAACCUUAUGGUACAUUUCAGGCAUGUGUCUUGCUUUGGUCAAGAAAUGGACAUAACGCAUUGCUCUAAGACAGUACUUUCACUGAAUAAUGGUAAACUAGCUCUUUCAACUGAUGAAGUGGCUGGAGUUGAUUGUAUUUAUGAUGAACCAAGUGAAUGCAUUAAAACACCAGACUGGGUCAGCACUCCGGGAACAGAAUGUAUUCCUAAUGCUAAUGUAAUAAGAGUACAAGGUAGUCAGGAAGCAGGUACUGGUAGAUUAGAGUAUUGUUAUAAUGGAUACUGGUCACCAUUCUGUAAACUGGAUCCUGUGGCUGCUUCUGUUGCUUGUAGACAAAUGGGGUUUACUAGCUAUACUGCUGCUUCUAUUAUCCCAACUACUGAUUAUGGAGUUGUUAGAAACUUCAGUUUGUUUUACAAUAUUACGUGCUCUGGAUUUGAAUCUAGCAUGUCUCAGUGUACAGUCCAUACUUCUGAAUGUACCCCUUGGUGUCCACACACUAAUAUUGCCAUAAGAUGCUUCAACCCUGGCAUGUGUACUAAUGGUGAGACUAGGCUAGUUAACGGUAUCAUUGAGAAUGAAGGAAGAAUUGAAAUAUGUUAUAAUGGAGUGUGGGGAGCUGUCUGUGAUAAAGGAUGGGAUAAGACUGAUGCACACGUACUCUGUACACAGUUGGGUCAUUCAGAAAGAGGUAAAAGCCAGUGUCCUAUUCUAACUCUUCAUUUGGUGCUGGGUAUUAUCCCAUUGUUUAUUCCAACUUUGCUUGUGGAGGAUGGGAAACUGACCUUGCUGAUUGUGGUAGAUCGGUUUAUCCUCAAUCAAAUUGUUCCAGGGAUCAUGUUGCUGGAGUCUUGUGCGGAUAUGAUUGUGAUGAUGGUGAUGUUAGAAUAG